AUGCACAAGCGGUACUCGUCGUCAGAAGACGUACUCUUUGCAAACAUACUUUCCAUAUACGGCCAGGACGCAGAGGCUUUGCGCGAGAUCACCAGGCUGUGUGCUGCUUCUCCCACGCAAGUUGAAAAGACGACGCCAUGGGAACAGCAUGAUAUCCGCGUGAUAUAUGAGUUCAGCUGCCAGAUCGACGAUGACAACCUUUUUGUCAUUGAGGUUGACGCCGAGAGCUUCAAAUUUGAGAUCAGGGAUCUGCCUAACCAAGUGCCCCCGAUUCUUAUUCAUUGCCUCCAUCGCCAUUGGGACUUGGCUAUUACUGCUGCAUGCUCUUCGGUCCAAGGAGUUAACAAGCUUUGUCAGACCUUUGGCGAGAAUCUAGUUAAGUCUUUGGAGAUUCCCUCAAACACGACUGGAAAGCCCAAGCUAUGCUAUAGCGAGGCAUAUCAUAGCAAACCAAACAAGCCCAUAGUGACUGCACUGCGCGUUCUGCACAUUGUGAGUUUUGUUGCUCCUGAUAAGGAGACUCAACUUCGCGUUACACAAGUCCAAAACAUGGCGACAACGCUGCUUCCAGGUCGGCACGCAGGUUGGAAUCGAUAUACAGCCUCUCUGGCAAAGGAGAGUCCGGACCAAGGCAUCUUCUCGACUUGGUUCACAGCAUCUUUGUCAUCCAAGAAGUCUGAUGAGAUGCUCAAGUCAAAUGUGACCUUGAACUUGGGGGACGAAGCUGAGUGGACCACGAAAGCCUUCCUAAGAGACGGGUGCGUCGAGCCACUAUUGAAGCACGCGCUGGCAAUGGUGAAGGGGAUGGACAGCAUCGGAGUUUUGUGCGAUAAUGGACAUGCGGUGCCUUCUGGUGAAGUGAUCACCAUCCCAAAUUCACUAGCACAGAUCGACUUUUGGUAG